UACCCACAGUUUUGCAGGUACAGUCUUAUUUGUUCAUGGAUAUAUGUGUUUAUUACUGUUAGAGUAUUAAACUUUGCUUAUAGUCACUGAAAAUUGUUGUAUGAUGGCACCUGAGAAAAAAAAGUUGGAACGAUUUUCUUUAGUUUUCUUUGUCAGUUGUUGGCGUGGUGUGUAUGUAAACCUCUUUCGCUCUCUAAAACCUCUUUAAUGCACACAGUUUUGGCAUCCUACUGAUGAACAGUUAUUGCUUUUAGAUAAUUAUUUGCGAUCUGUUCCCUUUGAAUUGUUUUCCCAAUGGAGGUCCCAGGGGAACUUGACCCAUUGUAUUUUUAUAAAUAAAAAUUAAUUGAAAACCAAAGCUAAUAAAAUUGGUUUAAAAGUUAAUUUUUGCAGAAUCAGCGCACAUACUAGUUGUUACCAUUUACAUCAGUAAGACAUCAUUAUACUCGCAUGCAGAUUGAGAAAAAACACUGAGAACUAACAUGUAUUAUUUGUGCUAUAAAUGGCUAGGGGUUGAUGUGACUUGUAAUGUUACAAGAAUGGGAGUGUCAUGUGUUAUGUGUAUCUGACUUUCUUACACGUAAACAAAUUAUUGCGACUGUAAUGAGAAUCUACCCAAUCAUUCGUAAAAGUUUCUGGAAGCAUGGACUUGCACUGUACCAUACAUAGCUAGCUGUUCAGUAAAAUGUUUGGUUAUUGUACAUACACAGAAUUCUUUUUAAGCUCAACUGCCAUUACAAUUAGCUUGUUUACAGUAAAUGUUGACACUCUAGGAAUUAAAUUUUUUGUGUAGGAGAGUACAUGUGACGUGGCAAAACUAAAAGAAAUGUUUCCUACUGAGGAAUACUCAGUGCUUGAAGAAACCUUGAAGAGUUGAAGUGGUGAUGUAAACCAAGCUGCAGCACAGCUGGCAGGUUGCAAGGAAGGUAAACAUUUUGUUGUUAUUGUUGUUUUAAAUGACUUCAUUUUUGGUAAAUAAUAAACCAUUACUAAUGUUUGCUCUAUUUGUAGGUUAGGUGAUGAUUUUGAAGAGCUCACACCAGUAUUCCAGCCAGGACGUAACUACCAAGGUAUGCAUAAAGUGGAGAAUGCAUUGUUUUUAUUCUAGUUGAGAAAGUAUAGCAAGAGAAAGAAGUAAUGCAUCAUUAGUAUCAUUAGAUUUCUUUUAUCACCAUCAAAGGUGUUUGUCAUCAUUGAUGUUUCCAACAUAAGCACAGUUGAUGACUUGUCUCGACUACUGUUACAAAACAUUACACUUCAUGCUCUGCUAGUAAUAUUCAUAAGGCAGUGAAGUCAAAUGGCAAACAAAACUACAGAUGGCACCAUGGGUUGUGAGUAUUGGUGCUUUAAGGGUGGUGGUAAAAGCAUUGAGCACCCCCAGCUAUAGGAGCAAAACAGAACAAACAUGUACUACUUCUGUGGGUCUGUGUUUUGGACAGAAAAAAAGGUUUUGUGCUUGUUACACAUUUUUAUGCGAGUAACAUUAAUUUUUAAGAUCUCUCUGCCACAGAUACGGAACUUCCAUCAGCCCCUCCAAGUGUGCAGUUAGAUGAAGGUCCAACUUCUCAUGUGCUGAGACUAUACAAAAGAAAAAAAGAACAAGGGACAGUGUUCAUAGAAGUGAACAGAUUUCAGCUGUCACGUCUUUGA